GACCUGUGAGGACGAUUAGGGAACAGGAAAGGAAGAGGAGGGGCGGAGAACCAUGGCCGCUGUGGUUGCAGUGUGCAGCGGCUUAGGGAGGAAGAGCUGGAUAACCCGGGCAGUCGGCCUCGCGGAUCGCGGAACUUACGCGGCGCUGUGGAGAAGAGGCUGUUCACAGUAUCAACAGGUAGCCAGCAAUGAGGACCUGCCAGUCCCAAUGGAAAACCCCUAUAAGGAGCCCCUUAAGAAGUGCAUUUUGUGUGAGAAGCGAGUAGAUUAUAAGAACGUACAGCUUUUGUCCCAGUUUAUCUCUCCAUUUACUGGAUGCAUUUACGGGAGGCACAUAACAGGUCUUUGUGGAAAGAAACAGAAAGAAAUAACAAAAGCCAUUAAGCGAGCUCAGAAAAUGGGGUUUAUGCCAGUUACAUACAAGGAUCCUGCAUAUCUCAAAGACCCUAAAGUUUGUAACAUCAGAUACCGGGAGUAAAUUGUGUAAAGUUACUGCCAAUAAACCUGGAAGUGGCUAUGUCAGCACUGACUCAAACUGA